AUGCUACAACGUGGCAGUAGUUCUUAUCUGCUGCUUCUUUUUCUUGCCCUCCUUUCUUGCGCGUCAUUGGCACUAGCAUCCACACCUACUUCAUUCUGCAAAUGUACCUGUUUCUCCAAUAGCACCAUCAUCCCCCUUGACCCCGCACAGCCAGAAACCACCUCGGCUCUAAACAACCUCUUCCACAUCCGGAAUCGCCGCUUCACUGAAGAUGAUGACACCGAGAUUGAGAAAAGGACCAGCAAAGACAAGAGCAAAUAUCGGCCACUGAGCUGUACCGAUUGUAACCGGAAAUUUUGUCUUGAUUACGACUUGCCCACUUGUAAGAACGCGAAGGAGGAGGAUGUGUUUACUACUUGUUUCCAACGAGACUCGGCCAAAGAUGAAGCUAUCGUGUUCAUUUUCAUAUUUGCGACAAGCGGUCUUCUAGCAUGGGCAGUCUUUAAGCCAUGGGUGGAAAAGUGGAUUGAGGCAGCACGGGAACGCCGGUCAUACAUCCCUGUCUCUGAAAAUGAGACGUGA